AUGAAAGUCCAUUAUAUUAAUAUAUUAUUGUUUGCUCUUCCAUUAAAUAUACUGGUAAGUUCCAAAAAAAAUACAUACAUCAAAUAUAAUACACUAAACACAAAACUUAUAAGAGCACAUAGAACAUUAUGCGAGUGCGAAUUAUACGCACUGUCUAACUAUGACAACGACCCUGAAAUGAAAGAAGUCAUGCAACAAUUUGAUCGACAAAGUUCACAACGAUUUCUCGAAUAUGACGAAAGGAUGAAAACUACACGCCAAAAAUGUAAAGAUAAAUGCGACGAAGCAAUCCAAAAAAUUAUUUUAAAAGACAAAUUGGAAAAAGAAUUAAUGGACAAAUUUGCCACACUACACACAGAUAUGCAAAGUGAUGCUAUUCCAACAUGUGUUUGCGAAAAGUCGUUAGCAGAUAAAGUAGAAAAAGGAUGCUUGAGAUGUGGAGGUGUAUUGGGUGGUGGUGUUAUGCCUGGAUUUGGUGCUAUAGGAGGAACGGCUUUAUAUGCUUUAAACCAGUUGAAACCUACGGCACUUAAAGCCGCAAUUGCCGCAGCUAACGAAGCAGGUAUAGCUGCCGGUAAAAUUGCUGGUGAUGCUGCAGGUAUGAAAGUAGUUAGUUUUGGAUUAAAACAUUUUCGUGUAGAUGAAUUAUUUCCUGAUAUAUUUAAAAACUUUGUUAAUACAAAGCCUUAUAAUGAAAUAACAACUAUAGCUAAUUCAAUUUUGGAGAAUUAUCGUGCGAUCUGUACGGGGGUCGAGAACAUUAAGGCCCCUACUGCAUGCAAAACAUUUGAGUAUAAAUUUGGUAUAUUUAUAGAAGGAAGUAGGAAACCAGGUCCUCCAGCAUAUAAUGCUAUACCACAAGGGUUAAAAGAAAUUUCUAUAAAAGCUGAACAAGCUGCUGCUACAGCAUCCAAGAAUGCUAGUGAAACUGUUUCUACUGCAAUAAAAGCUCGAGAGACCGCUUUGAUAGAAGCUGGAUUUAACAGUUCCAUUACUUCCAUAAAUGCUUCGAUUUUUGCAAUUGUAGUAAUCGUUUUAAUUAUGGUUAUAAUAUAUUUGAUUUUACGUUAUCGACGAAAAAAGAAAAUGAAAAAAAAACUCCAAUACAUAAAAUUAUUAGACGAAUAG